AUGGAAAGAAAGGGAAGUUCACCGCAACGGGGCGAAAAUGGCAUUCCCGAAAAUUCCCCCCGAAGGCGCGGCAGUCACGGUAGACAUGGCAGUCCCAGCGAAGUGCCCCUAAAUGAGGGAGGCGCCAACAGCAACAGCGACGAAGCAAGUACCCUUUUAAAGAAGAGAAAAACUCAGAGAAAAUGCAAAAGUAACGCAGCUAGCGCGAAAAAGAAGGACGCAGAAGCGGCUCAUGCCCACCAGAGCGCGUCCAAAUAUAAACUUGUAAACUACUUUAAGAACAUCAAGUAUAAUUUGUCCCUUAGGAGAUAUUUUAAGAUGCUCGUCACGGUCUCCAUUUUUAACUACCUACCUCUGAACCUGCGGAACUUAUCGAACACGGCCUACAUGUGCGGCAAACGUUUUAACCUUAAAGAUGAGGAGUCGUUUAAGCUUUUUUUAAUUCUGUGCAAAUCGAAGGUGCUCUUCACGUACAGGUCGAAUUUCCGCUUAAAGGUUAGCGAUAGGAAUUGCUUCUCCGGGGGGAGCUUCUCCAGUGGGAGUUUCUGCGGCGGAAGCUCGUCCAGCCGCAGCAGCGCGGAGAUGGCCCCUUCGCACCGCAACAACGGAGCGCUCACGAGCAGCACGAACAGCGGAGGGGCACACUCCAACAACGUGAGCGAAGCGGCAGAGCGAACGAAGGAUCGCGAAAAAGGAGGACAAGACCAAAGGGGAAAGAAAAAAAAGACCAACAGGAGGAAGAGGAGGAAGAGAAAGAGAAAGUACUACAAAGAAAGAGUCAUCAAUUUCACAGACCUCCCAGAACACUUUCUAAAAAAAAUAUGCUUUGACGGAAUGGAAUAUUUCUACAUGAAUUUUGACAGUGCUUCCAAAUCGAUUCGUGGGUCCCAUUUCAAGAGAGACAAUUACAAGUACACGAAUGGCAAUCCAUUUGGUGAGAAAAACGACUUAUGUGCAACCGUUUCGGAGGACGAAAAUAGUAGGGACAACACCUCUUUGGAGAGUACAAACGAUAGCAACAGAACUGUUUUGUACGUAGAAAACUCUGGAAGUAAUUCCGAUGUUAAUAGGACAAAUGGGGGGAGGGUCAGUGGGGACUCCCUCAACUGUGAUGAAGAAGCGGAUGACCACAGCGACAGGGGAAUUCCCACCAUGAAUGACACCCUCCUUGUGGUGAGGCAGCCGGAGGGGAAACACCCCAUGACGUAUAAACAUUUGCCAAAUGGCUCACCCGAUGAGGAAUCCAAAAUGGUAGCAAAGAACGAAACGGCUGUGCGGCGACAUAGGGUUAGCAACAAAAUGGAUGCAAAGGGGGAAGGCAAAAAAUUGAAAAUUUUCCAUUUAGAGGGGGAGAGCAUCCCCCUUCUGCACACCCAAGUUAGCAAAAACAGACAUGCCAAAUUUGCAAAGAGGAAAAGAGACAGAUAUAGCAAAGGAGACGACACAAUAUCUAUAUACAUGAGCGACACGGGGUGGGGGUGCAUGAUAAGGGUCGUCCAAAUGGUGCUAGCGAAUAUACUAAUCAAGUACAAAGUUUCCAAAAAAUAUGCCUUCUUUCACAAUAUGAGCGAUUACGCAUUUUAUAGAAAUUACCUCAAAAAGUCGUCCAAUGAGCAGCAGGUGGGGGGAGCAGAGGGGCCCAUUAGCAAAGGUGAGGGAAAUGUAAAUGCCCCUAACGUAAGCUACCCCGUUGAAAAGGUGGCUACACGAAAUGGGUGCGAUGGGCAGGUGAAAGAGGCCGAUUAUUUUUUAACGGACGGAAAAUCAGACGCACCCUACUGCUGUGAUAACAACUCCACGAUGAGCACGUCAAGUAAUUUCCCCCCUACGGAGAAGUCCCAAUUUUGUGAAAGCAAAACGGUGGAAGGUGUUAACGACGGGGAGGCAACAACGGCAGGGGUGUGUACCUCUCUAUGUGGCUCUGUAGGAAGGGAUAUUGCCCCCCCAAGGGAGCAAAACGUAUAUCGCUAUUUUAAGAACUACGAAAUGUUUCUGAGCACCGACAGUGCGGAUGAAGUAACGGAUGACGCUGCUCAGCACGUGCAGGCCGCCACUUCGCAACCGCCACGCAUGAGUGCCGUCCAGCACGUGAACGUGAACAACUCGCUGGCGUACUCCGUGCUGCUGCAGUUCAGAGACAUGGAAAGCGCCAAGUACUCCAUUCAGAACAUUAUCUACGAAACCAUGAAGUACAAAAAAGUUAGCCAAAAAAACAUGCAGCAUUUUGUGCAUGAGUGGCUUGGGCCCACCAGCAGCGCACUUGUCAUAUCCAACCUCAUUAACAGAAAGAAGGUCCGCUUUGUGAAAAAAAGAAAAAAUAAAAUUCCGAUAAAUUGUGGAAGCUGCUUAACAAGGGGUGAUCACUUCCUCUGCAAAAGUGAGCCUUUCCGGGGGAGAGACAACUCCCCUUCGGGUAGAGUGACCAACAAAAAGGAAUACUUUUUUGUGAAGCGCAAAAACAGACAUGCAUUUUUCUCAGUCGCCUUUGACACGGGUGUAAUGUACAACAAUCAAGUGUUAAAAUUUUUUCAAAUUAAGAAGAAAAUAUUAGUCAUUAUAUGGGUGUGCCUAAAAUUAGGGAUUGAUUCUUUUAACAUAGGGAAAUAUAAACAGUCCGUACUGUCUUGCUUUGGCCUAAAACAGUUCCAAUGCAUAAGCAGUGGCAAUGCGCAUACCAGCGCUCACUACUUUUAUGCGGCUAAUGAGAACGGCCUGUUUUACCUGGACCCUCAUAUGAAGUGCCAAAGGGCCUUCACAGACUUAAAUGAAAAUUACGACAGCGAGUUUUUCACGCAGAAGAUAAAGUUUCUGCCCUGGGAGUAUUUGAACUCGUCCUUGUCGAUGAUAUUCGUCGUGGACAGAAACGAAAGAGAAAUGAAAUGCAAGGAGGACUACUUGAAUUUAACCCAAAAUUUGAAACUUAUCGAUCCAAGCAUAUUUGAAGUAUACGAUGAGGAGCCACAGUACACCUUCAGGAGUGAAUUGAACUACGACACGGACGAUUCGGGCCUGGUCCUUUUUUGA